AAAUGAGCCAUGAAUCAGUAGAAAUAUUCACAAUUUGACCUACUGUCAAAAUUCUACAUGAAAUAUGUAAAAGCAGGACCAGUGAAUGAAUUUCUAUGGAGGCACUUUCAGCAGCAGUGAGUGUUUUCUCAUCAUGAUGGACUGAACCCGCACCACUUAGAUAUUAUUAGCACAAAGCCAUGCUACCACUAAGUCCCAGCUGCUGGCUUUGUUUGUCAAGCACAUUCUUUCCGCCUUGCCUUGCUCCUGUCAGAAUAUGAGGUAAUGUUCCACUUUUAUGUUUUGAAUCCAUCUUCAGUUCCAACUGAAAUAAACAGCAGAUUCUGCAACAGUUGGAACCUCCAUGAAUAUCAAGUGAAUAUAGGAAACAGAGAGAUGAAGCUAUAGAGGACAGAAAUGAGGGAGAGUGGAGUGUUAGCGGGGAAUGAUUCCUGAUGUGGCCUUCCCCUGUUAUCCAUUCUCUGCCUCACUUCACAACUUUAUCUGAAGAGCUUUGUUUUCACAGGUUUUCAGUUAAGUGGACAUUAUAUGUCAACAACAUUUUAUGGCAUUAUUUUAUCUUCAAUAAAUGUUAUUUCUCACUUUAUUCUGUUUUUAUGGUUUAGUCUUGUACGGUUAAGCUUUUUGUGACUUAUUAAAUUAAUUUGUAAAGUCUGCAUCAAAGCUCUUUCCCUUUUCUUAUCUUCACCUCCACUCUCACUCCCAAGAAAUGUUCUGACAGCAAACUUUCCUCUCCAUCUUUUCUGUGCGACUUGUAAUAAAAAUAGAACACUGUUCCCUUUUUCCAGGGAGGUGGUGACACACGUGCCCCCUCCCAAACACGCAGGACGCUGUGCCACAUAUAAGUGCAGCAUAAGAGCAGCUGUAAGAGAGUGUGUGACCAUAAAUACAAACAUAACAAGCAAGGUAUAGAAUAGAAAAAGAGGCUCUGUGGUUAAAUAAGAGUCUCCAGAGAAAGAUUAGUCAUUUUUGCAACUUUCACGUUCCUCCUCUGUCUCACCCAUCCAUGAGUGUGUCCAACUCCACAGCUUUUCGAUCGGAGCGUAGUUUCCACCAGACAUCUUCCUCCAGCUCAUCCUCUGGCCAACCAUACAUGGAGAACAGCCGUGGAAUGUUUCCUGAAGGCUUUGGCUCCUUUCUUAGGCCUGGAAGCGACACUUUGGAUUUUUCGAGUGGGCCUGGAAAAAUCAAAACCCUUGGGGACACAUACCAGUUUACAGUUGAUGUGCGAGACUUCUCUCCUGAAGAUGUUAUUGUUACUACAUCCAACAAUCAGAUAGAGGUUCACGCAGAGAAGCUGGCUCAGGAUGGUUCAGUAAUGAACACGUUCACCCAUAAGUGCCAACUACCAGAGGAUGUGGACCCCACCACUGUGACGUCAUCGUUGGGCCCUGAAGGGACCUUGACAAUUAGUGCACAGAGGAACCAAGUCAAGCACGACAUUAUACAAACGUUUCGCACUGAGAUCAAAAUCUAGAAAGAUAAAAUUCCUCGACUCAGAUCCAUUACAUCAAUCUUUUUGUUCCUACUAUCUGUAUUAUUUCUUAUUUGUUUCAACCUCUAUUCAGUGAACUGUUCCACAUCUACCUUACAACAGCAAUGGUUUUUGUUGCCCAUUGUGUUGUCAGUUUCUUUGCAAAUAUUCAGUCUGAUGCAGCAGGAAAAGCUUUUAUUGGCCAAACUAUAAUCACUAGCCACAUUAUUAGGUCCGCUUAGCUAGUACAGGGUUGGACCGUCUUUUGCCUUCAGU